GGAUGCAGGAUUUAUACUGACAUUACAUCCAGGUUGAUGAGUGACUAUGAAGUGACACUGGUCAAUGACAAUAGUGGGUUUCAUUGUUUGCCACCCGCCCUGCAGGUACUAACCUAUGCUAGUGUAUGUGCACGAAUACCUCAUCUCCCAUGAAUAUUGGCCAUGGACGUAUCCUUACAGCGGUUUCUUUUGAUAGGCAGGAGUUCUACGUUCGGUUUAAGGGUCCAGAAGAGACACCGUUCACUGGCGGACACUGGAAAAUCCACGUCGAGUUACCAGAUCAAUAUCCCUACAAGAGCCCGAGCAUUGGUUUUGUCAACCGGAUCUUCCAUCCUAACAUCGAUGAACUCUCCGGAUCAGUUUGUCUCGAUGUCAUCAACCAGACAUGGUCGCCGAUGUACGACAUGAUCAACAUUUUCGAAGUCUUCCUCCCCCAGCUCCUUCGUUACCCGAAUCCUUCAGACCCGUUGAACGGCGAGGCGGCUGCAAUGUUGAUGAGGGAGCCCAAAAGCUACGAGGCCAAAGUAAAAGAGUACGUGGCCAAAUACGCCAGCAAGGAGGCCGUCGACGAUGUCGGGGAAGACACCGAGUCGGAAGACGAAUUAAGUUCCGCCGGGAGCUACGAGUCCGGCGGGGAGGAACCCGCGGGGACGAUGGAUGAUGUCUAGACACUGAUGCUGCUAGCAUCUUCCAUUAAUGAUGGUUAUGGCAUUUGGGAUCGGGACGUGUGAAUACUGCAUGCUUUUUUCCUUACACCGACACACUACAUUUGUCUUUUUAUUCUCCCCUCUUUAUCAUGUUACUCGGGUGGGCGUUUUGUGAAUGGCGUUUUGACGUUCAUGGUGCAACCGACCACUUUAUCGGUCGCGAAGACGGAGUCAAGGAUUCGGACAGGCUUCUGAGCGACCACAGAGUCUAUUCACCCCCAGAGUGGGCCCAACUUCUGGCAUUGUACCUAUUUACGCCUGGCAAUCCUGGCGGGGCUUGUUCAUUUUCUGUCCAUGGAUCUUUUUCAGCAUUGAGAUUGUGAAUACUACUUACUGGCCCAGCGCGGCUUAGGGACAUAAAGUA